AGGAAGUAAUAAUAUUAAGAAGGGUAUGCGAAAUAAAUUGACCAGAACCCACACAACUACUUUCCUCCAUAGAAGGACAUGUUCUUGAAUCAUGACUACUACCCUACAUCUUCCUCUUCUUCUUUGAAACCAUUCGACUUCCAUGGCAAUGGCUCUCAACGCUGCUCUCUACAUCGCAAAGAUGACUUGGAUAGCUCUCACUGGUUGGAUCGUUUCUUGCAUAACUGUUGCUGAUGAGUUUGCUUCUUCUCUUCGUUCUGGUGAUAUUGGUCCCUUCCAUGUUGGUUGAUUCAUCAAUCAUGAUCUUUUUUGCCUUUCUCCAAGAUGGGUAUGCUUCAAUUACCCUUGAAUCUAGGCUUUUUUUCAUGUAUUGGGUUUGUGUGAUUAGUUUGUUUCAUGGUGGAAAUUGUGUUUUAGGUUAGUGAUGGAUAUGUUUGUUAUUUGGGGUAAAUUGUUUAAGUUGUUUUGUUAUAGCAUUUUAGAUUCUUGUUCUUACGAGGUUUUCUGGUCAAUUUAAUAACAAACACAAUCCUUUGUUUCUCA